AUGGAGGAAAAUGUGUGUAGUGAGCAGAUGGCUGUUAUGUCUUUCAAACAUGGUCUGGGCCCGGAAAGUAAGUUGAGACAAUCACUUACCAGGCGCCCAACCACAGUAUUAAAAGAUUUGCGUGCUAAGAUUGAGCAAUACACUCGCCUCGAAGAUGAUCAGAUCCCCAUCGAGGUAGUGUCAGCAGAACAAACAACUCGGCACAAGAAGAGAACAGAUCGAGAAGAACACAGAGGGAUCGCAGUGAAUGAAGUGGAUAAGUCCAAAUCCCACGAAGCCAUCGUGACUGUAUUCAAAGAGCCGAUCUAUCGAAUCCUGGAAAAGAUCAAGAGAGAGCCCUUCUUUGUUUGGCUGCCAAAAAUGUUAGGAGAUCCGGCUCGGCGUAAUCAGAAGCUCAGAUGCACCUAUCAUCAGGAUAGGGGGCACAUGGCUCAGAACUGCAGGGCACUGAAGCAACACUUGGAGGACCUAGUAGCAGCUGGACACCUCCGGGAUUACAUUGAUCAGGAUAAGGAAGUGACCGAACUGAGGAACCCACCACCAGAACCGAAUAUUGAGCACCCACCUCGGUUGAUAAUAAAUGUGAUCUAUGGAACAACAACUCAAGAAUCUGAGGAGACACUGAAAGAAGAGAUUGCUAAGGCUGUGCAAAUUCAGUAG